UAAUGGUGACUAUUUAUCAUUUUAUCGCCUACGUUUCUAUGUCUAAUGAAAAUGUUAGUGACUGAUAAGCACCAGUAACAAAAAUUGCCCGCACACGAAACGUUGAAGUACUCCAUUCUUUUGACCGAAGUGAUAUUUUUGGCAAAUGGAAAUUCUGAUUUAUCUGAUGAUUUUGUGCCAGUGAGAAUAUCGCCAUGCUUAGAUAAUAUCGAUCACCUCGACGGAUCGAAGCUUCGGAAUUCCUUGUGAUAGUAAUGUUGACGUCUGAGGCAUUUUGAGCAGGGCUUAGCUAGGUCAAAAUUCUGUCAUCAUUCGCGACGCAUACGCCGUAGUGUUGUUCAACUGGACAUUAUGCUAUCUAUUCCGGUAAGGAGAUUGCCAGCAGGCGAUAUGUUCCGUUUCAUUUUGGUGAUCAUUAUUGCCUCAGGCCUCGUACCAGUCGACUGCAUUGGCGGCUCGAACCGGAAUAGGCACCGAUAUAACUUGUUCUACGUUGCACCAUUAACCUGGCGAUAUCUAUUCCGGGUCGGCGAUAGUUCUCGCCUCCAGGCGAUAUCUUCUUUUGGUUCACACUGGCAUUCAUUAUCGCUCAAAGUCGACUGCAUAUGUUGCGGUAACUGCAGGCGAUACGUAUUUGACUGCAGGUGAUCGCUAUCGCCUUACCGGAAUAGACCCCGACUUACCCGGAUCUAGAUGGAGCGCAUCUCUCCAUCAUCGCGAACAAUAUAAAAUCGAUCGUCGUUUGUCAGGGUACCAACAGUACAUUCCGAAACGGCAUACAGGACAGGUCAACUUGAGCAAAAAAGUGUUUUUUUCUGAAAUCAUCAACAAUGCGUGUUGCAAUCGUUCUAUUGGCCGUUAUGGCGCUUAUCUGUGCUAUGUCGCCGGUGGAAGGUACCAAUUGCGAUAUAUUGUGUACCGCUGACGAAUCUCCCGUUUGUGGCGUAUCUCGCAAUGGCCAAGGUAAACGUCGAACUUUUGGCAAUAGGUGCAACAUGGACCAGUACAACUGUGACCACAACAAAGAUUACAUUUUCCAACGUGAAGGAGAGUGUUGAGACAAGAGUACAUCCAAUGCGUCAUUGUCGAGGUGGAAAUCCAGUUUUACAUAAUUUGCGCCGGGUCAGGCCCAGCACACUGGAAGGCUUCGCCUCUUUUUGAACCAUGACAAUAAAAUGUACUUUUAACAAACGCAGCGCGGUGUUUGACAGUUCUAAGAUGUCUUUUCCAUUCAUGUAAUUCAUAGAUGUUAUUUCACUUUACUAUCAGUUUUUA